UGGAGGAGCUGCAUACAUCUACAGCUCAGGAAUGAAGAAUCCGUAUAUAGGACAACUUAUUCAUCUAUUCCUCAACUUUAAAUGAGAUAGGCAAGAAGGAGGUCAAAAGAAGCUUAGUCUGUAUUUUGCCACAAGCCAUGUAUAGGAUACAGCUAACAUGUUGAAGAAGGUGCUCUGAUCACAUGAGAGCAAAAUGUCUUUGAACUGGAAUUUUUUGACCUACAUAUAAACUCUUGUGUGUUGGGGAAAACCAACACUGCACAUCACACUUAACAUACCAUCUUUACACUGGAGCAUGAAACCAAAUACAGGGCAAUACUGGAAGAAAACUGGCUAAAGGUUACAAAAACCUGAAAAUAGGGGAAAGGAAUGAGAACAUAUUCAUAUUUUAGAAUGGCCCAGUCAAAGCCCAACUUUUAUCCAUUUGAGAAACUUUGAUUUUAAAAUGAUAUCCAUUAUUUCCAAUCUCACAAGUUUGGACUUCUUUAUUUUGGCCUCUCACAUAAAAUCUUCCCAAAAGCACAUAGAAGUUUGUGGUUCUAACAUGGUAGAAUUAUGAAAAUGUGUUUGAUGGUGUGAGUACUUUUACAAAACAGUGUUCUUUUGAAGGGAUUUAAAAAUCUAUCCUGUAUUCUUAUUUAAUUGAUUUCCCAUAUUUAACACCUGUAUUAUUUCUCACUAACUGGAGUCCUUGUUUUGAUGCUUUUGGUCAAAGAAUGCAAUGAAGAAGUCAAGUAUGAUACAUAAUUAUGCGUCAGAUUGUUUAACUUAGAGCCAAGGUAAGUCUGCGGUUGAUUUGAAUAUUAAAUUCAUAGAAAUGUUUUUUUUUUUUUUUUUUUAGCUUUACUGUCAAGAGAACAAUUCUUUGUCGACUCCAUACAAAGAAAUUGUUAUUUUCAGUUAGUCUUCCCGUGUUUGGCUUAUUCAUUCUUUCUAUGAAUGCUGAGUCUGUUUAGUCAAGGCUAAGGAGAUGUAGUGCAUUCAUUAAUAAGUUGUCUUUUUCAAAUUCAUGUUUCAACAAUUUAAGACUAGUCCAUUAUUAAUCGCACGGCAAUGAUUUAAUCAUCAUGCGGCCCUGCAGCUGUUUUGGCCCUAUAUCCAGGAUGUUCCGAAAUUCUUCGUUUACGUUUCUGCCCACAUGAAACAUUUGCUGGAGCAGACAGCAGCCGUGCCCACACAACCUCAGUGUCUAUCAUCUUCAGUCAGUGUUUGCUCUAAAAAAAAAAAAGAAUAAAAGCAACAUUCUGUAAAAUGUCAGAGGGGACGUUUUUGGCAGUUGUCGCCUCCCAGUGAGGAUGGUUCAGUGUGAGCCUCCAGCAGAAUUUUUAUUUCAAACCGCCAUUUCUGAUUAACCCUUCUGUUUGACUGAGGUUGAGAAGUGAGUCGAGGUUAAUGUCUUGUUUGUGGGUAAAAGUCUGUCUUUUGUUCUGCCUUUUAAGAAGAUUUAAAAGAACAUGGCCCUAAAAAACCUUCUGUAGCUAUGUUUCCUGUCCAUACAUGUCUCCUGAUUGUUUCUGUACUCUGAAUGAACACUACACUCACCAGUGGAUUGCUAAUAAGCCAAGGCAGCCAUACCAUCACACUCCACUCGUACUGACUGAAUCACUGAAGCAAAUCAUUCAGAGCUCCCCUGUAGCGCUCCGGUGUGCGUAUGAACUUGUUUCAGUGUGUGUACAACUGUUUAUGUGUGUGUGUGUGUCUAUACAAGCAUAUGAAGUCAAAUCAAAUGUAUUCAUAAAAGCUCUCUUAACAAGCAGGUUUGUCAUAAAGUGCUUUGAUGAGAACAAAGGACACAAAUUCAGACGAAUGUAUGUGUGUGUAUGUGUGUGUGUGUGUGUGUGUUCGCGCGUGCUUUUCGGUGUGUUUGUGUGUUGAUGGAUGUGAGGUUUAGUUUUGAGUCAGAGGCAGCAGCAAAAGCCUAAGUCUGAGAGUGUGUGUAGGAUGAGCCUCCUACCACGUCCCUCCUUGUCUCUCAUCAACCGUCUUUCUGCCUCCCUUCCAUCCCUUUCUUUCUUCUGCGUGUCAGCAUGUCUUCUGUAAAUGUCAUUAAAGACAUAAAUUGGUGAUUUGAUUGCUCUUUCAUUGACUGAUUAGCAGGAGUCCAUGUUUUCUAAAUCAAAUGUUGUUGUUUUUUUUUGUUAGAAGUAAAAGACAUCAGACAGCAAACGGAUCUACAGUCUGCAUCCUUGACUGUGCAUACAUAUGAGCGCAUGUAUAUAUAUGUGUAUAUGCAUGUUUGUAUCCCUCACAGUGAUUAAAGCAAGUGGGCGGCAGCAGCAACUGGUCUGCCUGUGUGGCUCUGCAUAGCAGACAUGUUUCUCACUGCUAGAUAUUACUCAUUUCCUCAGUCCUUUGCACACACAGGCACACACACACACACACAGGCACACACACACACAAAAUCUCUUGACACACACAUGCUCACAAGCACAACAGACACAGAGACGGAUAGCAGACUCUCAGUUUUUUCCUUCAGUUUGGUGGGCUCGCUGGUGUUAUUUCACUCGUUCAGAGAUCAGAGGCAGGGCGUAGCUGCAGGCUGCUGAUAUCUGCGGGUGUUGAAGCCCGUGGCGUUGCUGUGAAGGAAGCACUGUGGCACAGUAAGGAGCUGGGAGGUGGGCUGACCCCCCUGGGAGGACUAGAAUAUGAAUGAGAGCCAGCUAUGGGACAUCUCCUCACCCCGGUACCAAGAUUUCAAUGAUGGCUGAAAACUGGUGCAUUACUUCUAACAGCAGGUGAGUGGUGCUUCAGUGCAAGAGCAGCAACAGCGAUCCAACAGUGAUGCUGUGUAUUGGCCUUCCCCUCUGUGUGCACCCCUCGUUUUCCCGUGAGGCCCAUGUGACCUAGCCUACACUAACACACAGGGGGCCCCCACUGCUGCUGGAGCCCACCCAUGAAUCCAAGCCCUGACCGCAGCAAAGAGCGCCUCCCUCCCAAAAAGAGGGAGUCUCGGCAAGGAUCUGCAGAACACCACGUCCCUCUGGAUGAGUUCAAACCGCCUGUGCCAUUCAGGAGCCGCCAUACCACAAGUAGAGGGGACGGAGGCAGGGAAACCAGUGACAGAGUUCUCUCUGACCCAAACCCCCAUCUCCUACACAGCCCUCCACCCCUUCCUGCUUCAACACCUGGCCUCCACGUGCCAUUACCAUGGACCUUGAACUACUCCUCACCAGUUUCUCUUCCACUUUUCCCGGGCCAGGUCAGCGAAAGAAGGACCUCAGGGUCUCCUGCCUGGAGAGAUGAUCCCCUCAUCCCACACCUGCCCCAUCACUCCAGGUGGCUCAGAGGGGAGGGACCCCUGUCAUUGCCCCCCUCCCCAUCUUCUUCUUCUUCCUCCACAUUUAAGACUCCUUUUCCAGCUAGUACAAGAGAGAUGUGGUCCUACAUUAAUACUGGUCGUCGGGAUUAUAGCCCUUUCUUUUCCCCUCCCUACCUGUUUAGCCCCUCCUCUUUGUAUCACCAAGACCCCAGCUUAGUUGAGGUAAGACCUAGGUACAUCAGCAAGAGGCCCAAUGGCUUGGAUGGGCCAGGCAGCAGGACUGCCUCAUCUUCUAGACCUCUGCUCACUGGAGAGUAUGGGAAUGAUAGCAGCAGAUCUAGGCUGGAGGUCAGCCCGUACACAUUGCAUGCCAAUGGAGGACGUAGACAGCAGGAGGACUUAACCUCUCCUGUCCAUUCUACAAGGAUAUAUUUGUCAGACUCUCACCCUCAAGUAAGCCCUGAGCCACAUUCCUCGCUGCAGGAAACUCAUCACUCUGGGAAGACCAGUGCUACUUCACUCCCCACUAGUCCUCAUACACUUGGACCGGACCCAAGGGCAGGCAGAGGUGGACUUCUAGACCAUGUGGGGGCUACUCCAACUGAAACUCAAAGACAUUACUCCCCAGGAUCAGUCAACCAUCCCAGCCCUCAUGCCCAGGCCUACCCUCUCCCCAGCUCCUCAGGAACACUUUCAUACAGUCUGCAUAGGGAGCCGGGUCCUAGUCAGCACACGCUAAGGAAUUCACCACACUCACCCCUGAGUAUGCCUAACAGCCAUGACAGGUCACAAAGUGAAUGGGACAGAGACCUAGAAAGAGAUAAGGUCGUCAAAAGGGACAGGGAAAGGGGUAAAGUAAAAGAAAAGCAAUUACAACAUGACAAAGACCAAGAAAGAGACAGUGAACGCGAGAGAAGACGCAACAGAGACAGAGGGAGAGAUUUUUCUCCUUCCAACCCUCAGACCUUGUCCACAGCCUUUCACCCAUCUCCCUCUGCACUCCUACCUCAUUUCACCAAGGGGUCUCUUAUUGAGCUGGCCAGCGGUCGGUUAAAACGAGUGGAGGAGCUGAGGACUGAAGACUUUCUGAGGAGUGCAGAUACAUCCCCAGAGUUCCACCUGAGCACCUGUACUGUGCUAAUGAUUUCCCCCAGCAGUACACAGGGCUUCAGUCACUUGCAGGUUCACCUUACAGAUCGCAACUCUCAGGAGUUACUGCAGGUCUUGGUGGAGUAUCCAUUCUUUGUGCGAGACCAGGGCUGGUCUUCCUGCUCUCCUCAGAGAACUACACAGCUGUAUGGCCUGCCCUGCCGUCAGCUCAGUGAGGGUGAUGUUUGCCUGGCACUAACCCCAAUGCCCACCCAAACUCAGCGGACACCCAGCCGUAACAGCUCCAGGGCCCAUCGCACGCAACCCCUCCCCAGAUGUCCAGCAGAGUCAAGCAGCUCGAAUAGGGAGGAGAUGCCACCCCCACCACCACCCCCUCCUCUUCCUCCCCAGCCACCCCUUUCAACAGUUGUCCCUUCUUGCAAACACGCUGCAGACACCCCUGCUAAUGAGCAGCAACGGCCUCGUAAACGGCGCUGGUCUGCACCGGACACACUUCCCUCAGCCAGAACUGAUGAAAGGCUCCUGGAUUUACCUCAUGGCUCCAAGCUAAUGAAGUGGCAGUAGAAACUUGCACAUGCAUACUUACACACACACACACACACACACAUGGACACACACACAAAUGGCACAUACACACCCUCCUUGUCUCUGUUGCACCCACCAAGACAAACAAUGGAGAGACCUCAAGGCAGGGUUGCAGGGAAGGUAUACACAACAAUAGAAGACACAAUUUAAAAUUGAUCAGUCUAGUCUAUAAAGAUGUAGCCCCUGCUGACCCAUUUAUUCCCUUUUCCUGAAAGGAGCAGCAGGGAGCAGGUCAUUUCACUCCUUCACCAUUUAGUAUCUUUGUAGUUUUGAUUGUUUUGUAAAUGCCUUGCUUUGCAUACAAAGGAUGCUGUAGACCGUCAGGACGUUUAAAUCUUGAGAUUUAAACCCUGAUUUUUUCUUCUGACCUCAAUGGUAAUUAGAACAAAAGUAAAUCUGAGCGUAGUGCAAAACCUUUCAGGUUAUAACAUACAGUUGAACAGAAUAACAUGAGCAAGUCUUUCGUUUUUAUGAUCAUUCAUCUACAUAAUUGACAAAAAUACUACUGCUACUCCAUGGUAAAAGUUUGCAAGCAAGUACUGAAUGAUUUGUUCAAGUGUACGAAAUAGAAGAAGGAAGGGAUGAAACUGUAAGGCUUGUAGGUUUCAAAUUAUAGUGAAAAUUGGUGAAGGGGUGAAUUGACUCAGCGAUGGAGCGACAACUUAAAGAUAACUCAUUGACUCUUUACAAAGACAUCAAAGGUAUUUAAUGAGGCAAUCAAGCACUUGUCUGUGUUGACUCUGUUUUUGUUAAGGUUGUCCCACACACCUACUCAAUGAAAGUAACUACUGCAGGGUAUUUUCAAUCAGUGUUAUGAAAGUAAACGCUAUUGAGGAAUUGCAUAUAUAUAUA